GUUCUCAUCGGAGGGAGGAGGAAGUCAGCGCAAUUUAAAUGUUGCCCAACACUUUACUUACUGUCAGGUGAAACCACAGGAGGACACGUACGGGCGGAAACUCUCUGGAUACUUCUACCUGAUCAUGAAGGCAGAAAGGAGGUGGCCGGGGCUGGGGAAGCACGCCGGGUAAACUGCGGAGUUUUUGUUUAGAAAGUUUUCCACAGUGCGCGUAGCGAUCCGUGUUUCCCACCUCUGCGAUAGUCGGGAAUACUUUGAGACAAAGUUAAGCUGUUUCCAGGAAAAACCGGCCCGCAAGGAGAGCGCGCAGCAGGACUGAUAAGAAAAGCAAUACCUGGAAAAUCUGGACGCGCCAGUCUGCAGCCAUGAAUGAGGAAGUGCAGAGAGGAGAGGAGAAGAACUGGCAAGAGCUUGAACCCAAAUAUGGGAUCAAAAUCUUCCUCACGGUCCUCUACAGCCUCAUCCUGGUGACGGGCAUUGUGGGUAAUUCAGUCACUAUCCGAGUGACCCAGGUGCUAAAGCGUAAGGGCUACCUUCAGAAGAACGUCACUGACCACAUGGUGAGUCUGGCUUGCUCUGACAUUUUGGUGCUUCUCAUUGGCAUGCCGGUGGAGCUCUACAGUGCCAUCUGGUUCCCCUUCUCGUCAGCGUCGGGCAACGCCUUCUGCAAGAUCUACAACUUCCUGUUUGAGGCUUGCAGCUAUGCCACCAUCCUCAACGUGGCCACGCUCAGCUUUGAGCGCUACAUCGCCACCUGUUACCCUUUUCGCUUUAAAACCUUGGGAGGAAAAUGGACCACCGGCCUAAUCACCUUCGCCUGGGUCGUGGCCCUGCUCGUGGCCCUGCCACUGCUGAUCACCAUGGGAACGCAGGGGCACAUCCCAGUCACGCGCAGCACCCCAGUCCAGAACCUGACCUUCUGCACCAACCUGAGGGAGCACUGGGUGAUGUACAGGAUCAGCAUCUUCUUUGCCUUCAUCGUGUACAUGAUCGUGCUGGUCUGCGUGGCUUUCAUGUGCCGAGCUAUGAUCGUGGUCCUGAAGAAGCCGAUGGGAUUCAUUGAAGGAAGCACCAGUGGAAAUCAAAGAGCAAUCCACAAUGAAAAUUCAAAGGUCAAGUCAGCCAGGAAGCAGACCAUAGUUUUUCUUGUUCUCAUUGUUGGAUCCUUGAUGGUAUGCUGGCUUCCCAACCAGAUUCGCCGUCUUAUGAUGGCCGCUAUGCCCAAAUCCAACUGGACCAUUACCUACUUCCGGAGCUACGUCAUCCUCCACCCCGUGGCCGACACCUUCUUCUACCUCAGCUCUGUCCUCAACCCUUUCCUCUACAACCUGUCCUCGCGGCAGUUCAGGGACGUAUUCAUGCAGGUUCUGCGGUGUCACCUUACCAUCGUGCAUAAAAAUCAGUCCACCGUGCAGUUCAGGGCUGCCCCCAUGCAAUCCCUUCAACGCCCCCUGCUGCUGAAGUCACUGCGUCGAAAUAGGUCGAGUCGCACCACCGUUGCCAAAGAGGAAACACCUUCAUCCUUUACGACAUUUCAGUCGCAAGAUGACUCGGGACUGGGCACGGAUACUCAGACGUCCAUCAUAGGGACUGAAGAGCAAAUCUUGGAGCUCAAGAAUAGAAAUGUACCAUCAGAGUCGGAAAUAUAGCCUGUUGUGCGAGUCAGUGGGAGAAACUGCUUUAUCCAUGGAUGCAGUAACAAGUAUUCAGUGAGCAGACACCCUGUGCUGUGUUUAUUGAGUACACAAAAAACAUAGCACAGGGUGUCUCGAAAGGACAUUUACCUCCAGUGAUAAUGUUAAAAUAUAAAAUAGAAUCUUAAAUACCCCAGAGCUUCAGUUAAAAUUAAAGGUACAGACUGGAGGGUACUGUAGUCUGUGUUCUGCAUUCCAGAGAGGGGAUUUUUUUUAUCAAUAUUUUGGCCCACAGAUGAAACUGAAAGUCACAUUAUGAUCACCAACCUUCAAGAAGAGCAAAUGCAGUAAAAUAGCAAUGGAUUUUAACAUUGAUUAACCCUACUGUUAGCUAUGGUAGGCCAUGAUGUCAGCGCAAGGUCACAAUCAACUAUUAAUCUGAAAUAGUAUUUAGGGUACUUAGCUUUAGCACAGUAGCUGCAAGCUGCUUUGCAAACCACAACAAGCCUAGCUCUGCUUUUUAAUCCCUUAUAUGGUUCAAUUGAUGUUGCAUCUGGCGCUUAAUGCUGCUGUAUCCAUGUCAGGCUUUCCUUUUAUAUUCAAGAAGGGCGGGAGGUCCCAAAUCAGGGAGUAGUCAAAGUUGGAAUCUAUAAUAAAAAUUAAAAUUAGAAAUCUAGUGGUUACAAUUAGUAACUUAGAAAAAGUGUUUUGAUGCAAUGAUGUUGGGGUUCUAAUGGGGUUAAUAUUAACUUGCCAACACCUCACAGUCUCUGGCUAAUCUGGAAUAGCUGGACUUUGGUGUAACACUUGAUGGGCCCAGCUUUGAAGCCUGAAAAGCGAAGUCGACACAAAAACCUGCAUUCUUUUCAAUGGCCAGCAGGGGGCGACUAUAAUAUUUUGCUGGCUUUAUGACCUAGUUUUUGGUCAUACUGAGUAAAACAUUAAGUGCAUUUUAUAAAUAAUAAAUAAUAAUCAUUAUUAGCGUCAGAAAAGAGGAUAAAAGGAUUUUACAAACCAAAGGGUGAAGUGCCCUGUGGUUCCAUCCAUAGUUUUUAUACCAGAGGUGUAAGUUAAUUAGUCAAUCGAUGUUUAAGAUGAGUGAAAGGCCAGCAGCUGAAUUAAAUAUAAAGCACUUACAGGUGAAUUCUGCUGCAGUGUUGAAUCAGAACAUUUGUGUGACUUUUUUUUUAGAAUUUUUUUUUUUAAAAACUUGGUUCUACUAACUCUAGACUGUUUCUACAUUUAUAUUUAAUGGUGAACUCUAACAGUAGACUAACACAUUCAGUGUUAGUCUACUGUUAGAGUUCCUAACCUCACUGAUGCUUAGACUUGACGGGGAGUCGGUUUAGACCUGGAGUAAUUUGGCAAAAUGCAGUAACUGAGUUCACGACCCAGCUCGAUUACAGAGAGGGAGUUCACAAUCUGAGUUAAGUUGGGAAAUCUUUUGGUUUUUGUGCCGUAAACAUGAGAAACUGUGAAACUUUAAUUGUGCUGACUCAGGAUUAAAUCUGGCUCCUAAUUAUUUCAUUUGUUUACUCUGUAAUGUGUAGGUAUGUACAUAUCUUAGAUACAUUUUUAUGUUGGAAUAAAUUUAACUAUGCAACUAA